GGUGUGUUGAUCUGUGAGUGUGAACUCAGGAUGAAGAUCCUCCUCAUCUUCACCCUCUGCCUGAUCUCAGAUGGAGGAGCCUCCAAGGAAGUAACAGGAUAUUCAGGAGGAGGAGUCCUUAUCAAGUGCAAGUAUGAUACAGAAUACACACAAAACCCAAAAUAUUUCUGUAAGGAUUCAUGGGCUCCAGGCUGUUAUGACCAAAUAAGGUCAGGAGAUAAAAGCGAGUGGGUAAAGUCAGGAAGAUUCUCACUGUUUGAUGACACCAAAUCAGCAGAGUUCAGGGUGAUGAUCAGAGAGCUCACUGUACAGGACACUGGGACGUACCACUGUGGAGUUGAUAUAUCAGGACAGACAGACAGUUAUACAGCUGUGGAACUGAAGGUAAAGGAAGGUGAGUCUCCCACCACUGCCUUCUGUUUAUCUCCACAAAGCUUCAGUGUCAUUAACAAACAAAUAACCGGCUAAUCAUACUUUAUUAACAUAAAAACUUUAUUAUUUAUAA